AUGAAGCUCAACGCUAUCCUCCUCUUCUCCCUCAUCGGCCUCGGCCUCGCUACUCCCGUCACCGUCGAUGGAAACCUCACUGCUCGUGGCGACAACACCGACCUCGACACCGACGGCUCUCUCAUCCCCCAUCCCCGAUGCGAUGCCAACGGCGACUGUCCUCGCUACUUCGGCUGCAGAAACGGCUGGUGCUACUGCCUCCCUUACCACAUGCAGGACUGCAAGCCUCCUCGCCAGAUGUAA